AUGGCCGGGCCCGGGAGCGCCGGGGAGCCGAGGCUCCGGGCUCUGCUGCGGUGGCUCUUGGUGCUGGCGCAGGCGGGCGCGGCGGGCGCGGCGGGCUCGGUGCGCCUGGCGGGCGGCCUCACGCUGGGCGGCCUGUUCCCGGUGCACGCGCGGGGCGCGGCGGGCAGAGCGUGCGGGCCGCUGAAGAAGGAGCAGGGCGUGCACCGGCUGGAGGCCAUGCUGUACGCGCUGGACCGCGUGAACGCCGACCCCGAGCUGCUGCCCGGCGUGCGCCUGGGCGCGCGGCUGCUCGACACCUGCUCGCGGGACACGUACGCGCUGGAGCAGGCGCUGAGCUUCGUGCAGGCGCUGAUCCGCCGCCGCGGCGACGGCGACGAGGGGGCCGUGCGCUGCCCUGGAGGCGUCCCCCCGCUGCGCAGCGCGCCCCCCGAGCGCGUGGUGGCUGUGGUCGGCGCCUCGGCCAGCUCCGUCUCCAUCAUGGUCGCCAACGUGCUGCGCCUGUUUGCGAUACCUCAGAUCAGCUACGCCUCCACAGCCCCUGAGCUCAGUGACUCCACACGAUACGACUUCUUCUCCCGAGUUGUGCCACCUGACUCCUACCAGGCCCAGGCCAUGGUGGACAUCGUGAGGGCACUGGGAUGGAACUACGUGUCCACACUGGCCUCGGAGGGCAACUAUGGCGAGAGUGGGGUUGAGGCAUUUGUGCAGAUCUCGCGGGAAGCUGGGGGGGUCUGCAUUGCCCAGUCCAUCAAGAUUCCCAGGGAACCAAAGCCAGGAGAAUUCAAUAAGGUGAUCAAGAGACUCAUGGAGACACCCAACGCCCGGGGCAUCAUCAUCUUUGCCAAUGAGGAUGACAUCAGGAGGGUCCUGGAGGCUGCACGCCAGGCCAACCUGACAGGUCACUUCUUAUGGGUUGGCUCAGACAGCUGGGGAGCCAAGACCUCUCCCAUCCUGAACCUGGAGGACGUGGCCGUGGGGGCCAUCACCAUCCUGCCCAAAAGAGCUUCCAUUGAUGGAUUUGAUCAGUACUUUAUGACCCGCUCCCUGGAGAACAACCGCCGAAACAUCUGGUUUGCUGAGUUCUGGGAGGAGAAUUUUAACUGCAAACUGACCAGCUCAGGUACCCAGUCAGAUGACUCCACCCGCAAAUGCACAGGCGAGGAACGCAUCGGCAGGGACUCGACCUACGAGCAGGAGGGGAAGGUGCAGUUCGUGAUCGAUGCUGUGUAUGCCAUUGCCCACGCCCUCCACAGCAUGCACCAGGCGCUCUGCCCCGGGCUCACCGGCCUGUGCCCAGCGAUGGAGACCACUGAUGGGCGGGUGCUGCUGCAGUACAUUCGAGCCGUCCGAUUCAAUGGCAGCGCGGGGACCCCCGUGAUGUUCAACGAGAAUGGGGACGCGCCCGGGCGCUACGACAUCUUCCAGUACCAGGCGGCGAACGGCAGUGCGGGCAGCGGCGGCUACCAGGCCGUGGGCCAGUGGGCAGAGACCCUCAGGCUAGACGUGGAAGCCCUGCUGUGGUCCGGAGAGCUCCGCGAGGUGCCCCGAUCCCAGUGCAGCCUCCCCUGUGGGCCGGGUGAGCGGAAAAAGAUGGUGAAGGGCGUCCCCUGCUGCUGGCACUGCGAGCCCUGCGACGGCUACCGCUUCCAGGUGGAUGAGUUCACGUGCGAGGCCUGCCCCGGGGACAUGCGGCCCACGCGCAACCACACGGGCUGCCGCCCCACUCCCGUCGUGCGCCUCACCUGGUCCUCGCCCUGGGCCGCGCCGCCGCUCCUGCUGGCCGUGCUGGGCAGCGUGGCCACUACCACGGUGGUGGCCACCUUCGUGCGCCACAACAACACGCCGAUCGUGCGGGCCUCGGGCCGCGAGCUCAGCUACGUGCUUCUCACCGGCAUCUUCCUCAUCUAUGCCAUCACCUUCCUGAUGGUGGCCGAGCCCGGGGCGGCCGUGUGCGCCGCCCGCCGGCUGUUCCUGGGCCUGGGCACCACGCUCAGUUACUCAGCCCUGCUCACCAAGACCAACCGCAUCUACCGCAUCUUCGAGCAAGGGAAGCGCUCCGUCACGCCACCGCCCUUCAUUAGCCCCACGUCGCAGCUCGCCAUCACCUUCAGCCUCACCUCGGUGCAGGUGGUAGGAGUGAUGGCGUGGCUAGGGGCCCAGCCCCCACACAGUGUGAUCGACUAUGAAGAGCAACGGACAGUGGACCCAGAGCAGGCCAGAGGGGUGCUCAAGUGCGACAUGUCGGACCUGUCCCUCAUCGGCUGCCUGGGCUACAGCCUCCUGCUCAUGGUCACGUGCACGGUGUACGCCAUCAAAGCCCGUGGUGUGCCUGAGACCUUCAAUGAGGCCAAGCCCAUCGGUUUCACCAUGUACACCACCUGCAUCAUCUGGCUGGCUUUUGUGCCCAUCUUCUUUGGCACCGCCCAGUCGGCUGAAAAGAUCUACAUCCAAACCACCACACUGACUGUGUCCUUGAGCCUGAGUGCGUCGGUGUCCCUCGGCAUGCUCUAUGUGCCCAAAACCUACGUCAUCUUGUUCCACCCGGAGCAGAAUGUGCAGAAGCGGAAGCGAAGCCUCAAGGCGACCUCUACAGUGGCAGCCCCACCCAAGGGCGAGGACACAGAGGCCCCCAAGUAGCAAGUGGGGGAUGAGUGGGGAUGUUUCUCCCUCUCUUCUGUUCUUUUCUUUCCCUUGCUUCAUGACGGAAGCUGUGGAAGGUCCAGGUCUGCAGUGAGCAUUCAGAAGCAGGGAGUCUAUGAAGCCCACACCCACCAGUAUGGGGCUGUCCUCCAGAAAGACCUGGACCCACACAUACCACACCUCAUCCCUGCUUUUCUGUGACUGUUGGCAUCAUGCAUACUUGCUGCAGACCAGACUUUCUGCUCAUGGCGGGAAUCAGCCACCAAGAGGAUCCUACUCUAGGGAAGAACUGAACUUACACUCCCUGGUCUGAGUCCAGAGAGCAUGAUGAAGCCUGGGCUUGGCCCAGUGUGUGUGAGAUUUCCACCUGAGUAGCCACCAGAACCUGGGGACUGGGCAGUAUGCAAAAAUGUGUAGAUCUCACUCUAGAAAUACAGGGCUGGAUUUGGGGAGGGGCAGUGUCCACAAGAUCUGGGGACCUGUCUUCUGCUGAGUGACUCAGGCUUGACACAGAGGGAUUGGACCUUCGGUGUGAGAGCCCUGUGAGUGAGGAUGGACCUGGGACAGGACUUGGGAGUGAGCAGAGUAACUGGGAUGUAUCCCCAUGGGGUUACUUGUAUUGAGGUCUUUUUCUCAGGACCAUCAUCCAUGGGAUCACACUUAAACCAUAGCUUUUUGCCUUUCCAUGCCUACUCCCUUAAAUGAUCCCCAAACACUUGUGUGGUGUUAGUAGUGUGAGAAUAAAGCAACAGGGUGGUGUUUGCCCUCUUCUGAUGCCUGUGAGGGAUUAUGGUCAGGAGUUUCAGGUUGGGGUCAGUGACAGAGUUGUAUCUAUGGUGACAAUCAAUUCCAAGUAGACAUCUUAGGAUGAGUACCAAAACUUUCCUCUCUCAAUAUGUACUGAGAGGUCCCCUUUGAAAGAUGAGCAUGAGGCACAGGGAGGAAGAUAGACUUCAGAUGCAUGGACAUUUAUUUUUUCUUUUAAAAAGGCUUGGUUUCUAUUAUGGGAUUAUAUUUCCCCAUGGUACAAUUUACAUUAGUUAAAUUGACUCUAUCAUUUUGAAUUCUCUAGUAUCUAAUGUCUGGAACUGAUUCCAAAGGUCACCAUACUUCAUACAACAUAAAGACUCUUGCCUACACAGAAUCUCUGUUGCAGAAAUAAAUUUUGAUCCUGGGACCAGGUGUUUCUGUGUUCCUUAAAUCAAUAGAGCUUCUCCUCAGAAUAACAUUUUUGGUGUAUGGAUUCUUCUUCCUCACAUUUUUGCAUUUUGUAUGGUUUCUCCACAGUGUGAAUUAUGAAGUUUUAUUUAUUGCUCAGUGCUUUCCAGAAUUCAUUAUUUCAUAGGGCUUCUUUCCUGUGUGGAUUUUCUAAUGUGUAAUGUGAUGAGGUUUGUUUCUUGCUGAGAGUGCUUUUAUAGGGUUUUUCUCCUAUAUGAACUCUCAUCCAGUGAGCUCUGAUAUCCAAAGGAAGGUGUUCUUGUAGUCUUUUUUUCCCUCUUGAUGUUUCUCCCAGUAUGAACUCCCCGAUGUGCAAAAAAUGGUGACUUCUAGUUGAAAACUUCACCACAUUUUUUUUUACAUAUUUGUGGUUUUCCCCACUUUAAACUCUGUAACUUAGAGUUUGGAUGAUUUCUUAGUGGAACUUUUCUACAUUUAGAGGAUUUCUCCCUAGUGUGAGGUUUCUGCCUUAGAGUCUUGGCUUUCUACUGAAGGCUUUCCCACAUUCCCCCAUGUUUGUUCAUACUGGGCUCUCUGAUGUUAAUGCUUUGUCACACAGCAGGUUCUGGCUCCUUCUUAGGGCAUCUCAUAUCCAGUCCAAUUGUAGAUGAUUUCCACAGCAUGUACCAUUUUGUGUGCAGUGAGGAAUCCUCUAUUACUAAAGGUGUUAUCAUAUGUAGCAUACUUGUGAGGUUUCUCUCCUUUAGGAGUUUUCUAAUGUAUACAAAGUCUGGAAUCCUAGAAGAAGGCUUUUCUACAAUCAGUGUGUACCAAUUUGAUCAUUUGAUGUCCAGCAAGGGGUUGACAACUUCCUAAAGGUCUUCCCAUGCUAUUUACAUGCAUAGUUUUGCCUUCUGUGAGGUUCAAUCAAUUUGAAACCCUGAAUAAAGGUGUUUUUUUCAAAUUUGUAGAAUUUA